AAUAAAAGUUUACAUCAAAUUUUUCAAAUAAAGAUUCUUUUUCCAAUAUCUCUUCACAAAAAAUGUUUUAUUAACUUAGAUUUUAAAAAGAUUAUUAAUAAAUUUUAAACGAUUAUUUAAAUGAUUAAGAUGCAAAAGUUAAUAUAGGGUAACCUUAAUAUUAUGAUAAUUUUAUAAAAUUAAAUGUAAAAUUUUAUCCUUUAAAAGGAAAUUUUAAAGGAUACAAAUUUAGUACAUAAAUUCUUAUAACACAUAAAUUUCCAUAUAAACCAGUGAUAGUUUUUUCUAAACGUUUAAUAUAUCAUCCUAAUAUAAACUAAUAUAACAAUUAAAUAUAUUGCAAAAUAUUAGAUAUGAAAGAAUGGGCUCCAAAUUUUACACUUUCAUCUAUAAUUUAAAGGCUAAAAUAUGUUAUUUAUAAUCCUGAAUUAGGUUUUAUUCCUGAAAAUGAUUUAAAUAUAAAAUGCAGUGAAUUAUAUUAAUAUGAUUUAUAAUAAUUCAUGAAAAAAUUUGAUUAUUAAUAUUAACAACAUUAUGAUACAAAUUAUUUAGAAAAAGAUUUAGAUAAAAAAAUGAUUUUAGAAGAUAAUUAAAAGAAUAAAAAAACUAAAAAACAAAAUAAAAAUAAAGACUUAUAUUACUUAAAAAAUAAAAUAGAUAAUAUUUAAAAUAUAGACAUAGAAUUAAAUUCUUCAUAUAUGAGUUCUUCUUUUUAAGAUAAUUAAUGCUUUCCUACAAAAACUAAUAUAGAUGCAAUAGAAAUCGAACAACCUGUAAAAGAAGAUAAUAGUUUUUAUAUUGAAAAUGAAGAAAAAAAUAGUACUGAAGAAAAUUAAGAUAGUUUAUAAUAAAACAAUUAAUAAAAUUUAAAUACUUAUUUCGAUAAUAAUUCAAAGGAAAUAAAAAUAUUCUAAUAAAAUGAAAAUAUUUAAUUAUAAUUAAUAGCAACUAAUUGUGAAAUUAAUAGUAAAAAAAGAGGAUUUUAUAGUUCAAAUAUUGGAGUUAAUAUAUUAAAUUUUUAAAAAUAAUUUAAAUUUCUAUGAGUUGUGUGUACGUUUAAUAA